UAAAUUUUUGCAAAUUACCUACACAAUUACUUAAAUUAAGAAUUUCUAAAAAAUUAUUUAAAAUUGAACUAAUUAAAUAAAUAUUCAACAACGUUAUCAAAUUUACAACAAAUUAACUAAGAAUGAUAAAAUUAGAAAUGUAAUUCAAAUGCGUAAUUUUCCAAUGUCAAAAGUUUAAAAUUCUAAACAUUAAACAAAAUUAUUAAAAACAUGUAUAUUAAAAAUUAAACUUUCGACGAAUUGUACCAAAACUAACAUGAAUUUGUUUCCUAAAUCAUAAUUAAAUCUACAACUGAAUUAUUACUUAAAAAUCUAAAAAAAAAUAUGAAUAAAUUAAUUUAAUUACUAAGCCAUUAUAUUCAGUAAGAAAAUUUAUCCUAAUUUUAUAUAUAUAAGAUCAUUUAAAAAUAUGUUAAUAUUAUUCCUAACAAUUAUUUGAAUUUAUGCAAAAGGAUUAAAACAUUUAAACUUAAUAAUUUUCUUAAUUAAAUAAGUUUAAUUACUAACAAUAUUUUGAUGAGUGUUAAAUUAUCAUGACUGAUCUUUUAUUAAGUCUAGGUCAUCUAUCUACCAACAUAUUGAUUUGUAAAAAAAAAGACGAAAUAACAACAACAUCACUGAUUGACUGCUGGGCCCAACAUUUCAUUCAAGUGCAUUUCUUCAUUCAUCAUUUUCGUAAGUCUCAUUAUGCUUUAACACUCAUUUAUUAUAUAUUUUCAUUCAUAAAUUUAUUUAAUAUUUUGCUACUUACUACGAAUUCUUUACUGAAGUUAAUAAGUCAGUCCGAUUUCAAAAUGUUCCCUUAGUAUAAUGUAUUUUUUUCCAUUCAUUCAUAAGUAAUUUCAUUGAUAAAUGAUCUAAAUCGUGUUGUUCUCUUUAUUAUUAUUGAGAAUAUUUUAUUCUCUUUUGUUACAUUUUGUUUUAAUAAAUCUUAAAUGAAAUUGUAAAAUAAAACCUAAAAUGCAUUUGUAAAUAUUAAAUAGUAUGGGAACGAUAGCCAAUCUGAAUUGUGAAAUAUAAUGUAAGUAUAAAUCGUGUCAUUAUUAGGGACAGAUUUAAAAGUAAUAUAGGGUGUAGUCUGUCCUGGUGUUUGACAAUGCAUAUGUCAAUCUUGGGAGGGAAAUCAUUGCCCUAUGUGGUACAACAUCUAACCACCAUAUAGUUUGUCACAUGACUCAUUAUUUUCUAGGUUUUAUUUAGUUUAUUUUAUUUUUGUACAGUCUAGGGUAUUUAUAGGCAUGUAGGCUGUAUUAUAUGUUUAUGCGUUUCAAGUAACUGGGUUAAGAACUACGUAUACCUAUCUAGGAGCUAGCUGGGAAAUCUUUUCAUGCCCUUAACAAAAGUUAAUUUGUACGGUUUUGGUUAAAAUCAAAUAGAAAGUAAAUUUUUAUUACUCUCGAAUGUAGCCGGCGCAUAACAUAUAUGGCGCCCAACGAUAAAGGCCAUUUCAUGGUCAAAAAAAAAAAAAAAAUGCUCUUAUAAACUGAUAUUUCCAUAUGAACAACAUAUAAAGGGUUUAUCAAACUGGAGUUGGUUAAAAUGUCUGUGCAAAACAAAAGAAUUACAUAAUUUCUAUCUUAUACUAACUAAAGUAUGUAAGUCAUAGCUUAAUGUAAUUGAAAAGCUUUUAAGUCUAUUUGCGACAUACUUAUGUUACGUAUUAUUUAUGUUAACCAACUAAUUUUGCUAUUGUUCCAAAAAGUCCAAGACGAGAGUAUAUUUUUAUAAAUUGAGUCUUAGUUGCAUUUGGAACUUCGAUAAUUGUUACUCAAGUCCAUUAUGAUUUCUAGGUAUUAUAGAUUAAAAUGUUGCGGUUUAACAAUUAUUAAUAAAUUUUAACGAAAGGUAGAUCCGAUUUAGUUUUUUUUAUAACUGAACGUUGCAUCUUUCACUUAGAAACAAUGACAUGAUUUAUACGAACUAUUUUCACUUCAAUGAUUUGGUCUAUUUUUCCCAUACGUAAUAAGAACAUAUACAAAUAACUAUUUUUUUUAAACAAUUAAAUUUUGAAUAUUAACAUUUAAAACACUUUAUUACAAAACUCUUUAAUCAUAUACAUACAUAUAUAUAUAUAUUUCUGAUCUGAAUUAUUUUAAUAAAUUUCGCACUAUAAAAUUUUACUUGUUCGGUAUAUUACUCGUUUCUUUAUGAAUACGCGAAGUUCUUCAGUAGGUGGUCUAAAUAGCUCUUUAAACAGAGGUCGAGGUGCUAGAAGUUCUUCAGCCUCGCGUAAUAAUAUUCCUGUAGAGAUUAGUAAUUUGAGUGGUACGAAAUCGAAAGUGGUACAUUCACCUAAUGUCAAUAAAUCUGGAGAGGUACAACGAACGGUUAGCACGGAAAGUUUACCAUCCCAAGUUCUAUUCUCAGAUAUCCAAGUCAUGGAUAAUCAAAACAUUCCCUCUCAAAUUCAGAAUUUAAUGCCAUCUAGUAACAGGGAUUCGACUUCUGGAAUGAAUCCUGUUCCAGCAGAUAAUGCUGCUACAGUUCCAAAUACUAGCUCAGGAAGCUCCUUAGAUUCCCUUAUGGCUCUAAUGGAGCAAACAAUGUUAAACACAAGGGAAGAGUUCCGUAGAGAGUUAAACGCUAUUAGGGAUAGCAUCUCUCAGAUAGGAGGUACAAAUACGUCCAAUAGACCACCAGAAUUUAUACCAUUUAUACCAAACAUAAAUACUCCAAGCGUUAAUACUAAUCAGACAGGACCUAGUCUAGGUAAUUAUUCGGUCAAUGAAAAUAAUGUAAAACUUGAAAAAUGGAAGAUUUCUUUUGACGGUACUGGGUCUGUGUCUGACUUCCUUUUCAAAGUGGAAACACUUGCUAACAGAUCAAAAUGUUCGGACGAACAUUUAAUGUCAAACUUCCAUAUCCUUCUCGAUGGUAAAGCCGAACAAUGGUAUUGGCUUUUUACCAAACAAAAUCGAAAUGUAACCUACCCAUUGCUUCGACACGCACUUACAAAAGAAUUCGGCCAUAUUGAGUCGGAUCAUGAAGUUAUUCUAAAGAUUUCUUUGAGGAAACAAUCAUUCAAAGAAUGUUAUGAUGACUUUCAUUCAUCAAUUGUUUCCAUGAAUUUACGCUUUCAAAACCCCUUGCCUGAUCCCACUUUGAUUGACAUAAUUAAGAGAAACUUAAACCCAAAUUUGCGUUUUCUAUUAUUCAAUAGCGAUUCGCGUGAUUUAAACGAGUUUAGGGACAAAGCACGUAAGGCAGAAAAAGUUUUACGUGAAACAAGAUUCCAGAAUCCCAAUAUAGUCCAGACUCGUAACGUGAGCGAAAUCGAAGUUUUGCCUGAAGAGGACGAUAGUCCUGAAACUAUAGAUCCUCAGAUUGAGGCUUUAAAAUUUUCAAAAAAGCCAACUAAAUAUGACUUUUCAAACAUACAGUGUUGGAAUUGUUUAUUGUAUGGGCAUUCUUACAUCUAUUGUUCUAAGCCAAUAGAAAAAUAUUUCUGUUUUAAAUGUGGGACAAAAGGUUUCUUAACUCCCAAUUGUCCCAACAACCAUAAUUAUCAGGGAAACCAGAAAAUGGGCGAUCUGGCGACCGGGGACAAUCGUCCACCCCUGCAAACCCCGAAUUUCAAAUAGUUUCUUUUAAGAACAAACAAGCCUCUAAUCCUUACAAUGGAAAUCUUACCCUUGACUCUACCCCAAAUACACCAGCAAAAGUUCUAACACAACAAUCUAAAACCAAAAGUAAUAUGCCAAAAAUAUGUACAAUUUCCCGAAAUAUUGACAGAAUUGCUAAAUGUCGAUUGCGUUUUAAAAAACGUAACUAUUUUAAAAAAAUAUUAGAAACAACUAUUCUAAAUGGUAACGACGACAGGCCAUUUACUAGAGUUCAAGUUUUUGAUGAAUAUUUAAUCGGACUACUAGAUUCCGGAGCAAAUGUCUCUGUUUUAGGGAAAAAUAGCUUAGAAUUUUUAGAAAGAAACCAUAUCAACUUUAAAAGAAUUAGUUCUUCUAUUUCAACCGCAUCUGGUGCAAAACAAAACGUUAUCGGGUUUUGUUGUCUACCAAUUCAUUAUAAAGGUGUAACUAAAAACAUUGAAUUUUAUAUUGUACCUUCAUUAAACCAACAAGCUUACUUUGGCACAAACUUUUGGAGGGAAUUUGCAAUAGCACCCGAAUUAUUUUCAUUAACUGUUAACAAUAUUUCCGAACUUACACAGGACUCCAAUUCUAACGAUAAUUUUCACCACUUGUCAUCUGAACAAAAAUUAAUCCUGGAACAAACGAUUCAGAAGUUUCCAUCAUUCGAGAGACUAGGGCUAGGAUGUACUGAUUUGUUAGUGCAUCAUAUUGACACUGGGGAUUCAGCAUCCAUUAAAUGCAAACAUUAUCCACUUUCUCCUCCUCGUCAGGAAGAGGCCUAUAGAGAGAUAGAUCGGUUAUUGAGCA